CAUACACAUUAUUUUCUCAACUGAUGUGAAAAGAAAGUAACGAAUUUGCUCUAAAAUUACCCAAAUUGAGAUUAUCUCUGCACCAAAGAGCUUCCAGGAAACUGAAAAUGGCAGCUCCAGGAAUGCAAUUGCAUAUCUCUGAUCAUCAUGUGGUGAUGGAAAACGGCAUUCUCCAAAUUACUAUAUCAAAACCAGCGGGACAUGUGACAGGAAUCAAAUGCUAUGGCAUUGAUAAUAUGCUUGAAGUUCGUAAUAAGGAGCAUAAUAGAGGGUACUGGGACGUUGUUUGGAGCGAAACAGGGAGCACUGGAACAACAGGAACAUUUGAAUUGAUCGACGGAGAGAGUUUCAGCGUCAUAGUGGAGAAUGAGGAGCAGGUAGAGAUAUCAUUCAAAAGGCUGUGGGAUGCAUCCGAGGAGGGCAAGCGCGCUCCCCUUAAUAUAGAUAAAAGAUAUAUAAUGCUUCGUGAUACCUCGGGUUUUUACUCCUACGCCAUCUACGAACACUUGGAAGAAUGGCCUGGCUUCAACAUUCCCCAGACAAGGAUUGUUUUCAAGCUUAGAAAAGACAAAUUUCAGUACAUGGCAGUAGCAGAUAACAGGCAAAGACACAUGCCACUGCCGGACGACCGGCUACCAAAAAGAUGCAAAGAACUGGCCCCCCCAGAAGCUGUCCUGCUUGUCAAACCUAUAGAGCCAGAGUUCCAAGGAGAGGUAGAUGACAAAUACCAAUAUUCAUGUGAGAAUAGAGAUCUUAAGGUCCAUGGGUGGAUAUGCAAUGACCCUCCAGUGGGAUUCUGGCAUAUAAAUCCCAGCAAUGAGUUUCGAUCAGGCGGACCGCUCAAACAGAACCUAACAUCACAUGUUGGUCCCAUCACUCUAGCAAUGUUUCUCAGCGCUCAUUAUUCUGGAGAGGAUCUGGUACUGAAGCUGAAAGAGGGUGAGGCAUGGAAGAAAGUUUUUGGACCUGUUUUUUUCUACGUCAACACUUUGUUGGAUACCAAUGAUCCUCUCUGGUUAUGGGAGGAUGCUAAAGAGCAGAUGUUGACAGAAGUCCAAAGUUGGCCCUAUAAUUUCCCAGCUUCCGAGGAUUUUCCAGGGUGGAAUAAACGGGGUAGUGUUAGUGGUAGAUUACAAGUCCGAGACAGGUAUGUUAGCGAUGACUCCAUAUCAGCCGGCGGUGCUUAUGUUGGGUUAGCACCCCCUGGAGAGGCAGGAUCAUGGCAAAGAGAAUGCAAGGGUUACCAAUUUUGGACGACAACUGAUGCGAAUGGCUGUUUUUCCAUCAAUGAUAUACGUAUUGGGGACUACAAUCUUUAUGCAUGGGUCCCUGGCUUCAUUGGAGAUUACCAAAAUGGUGCUCUCAUUACCAUAACUGAAGGUUGUGAUAUUGACCUGGGUGAGCUUGUAUUUGAGCCUCCAAGAGAUGGUCCCACAUUGUGGGAAAUAGGCAUCCCUGACCGUUCUGCAGCUGAGUUUUAUGUUCCAGAUCCAAAUCCAAAUUAUAUCAACAAACUUUAUGUUAACCAUCCUGACAGGUUUAGACAAUAUGGAUUAUGGGAAAGAUAUGCAGAGUUAUACCCUGAAAAUGAUUUAGUUUACACCAUCGGUGAUAGUGACUACAGAAAGGAUUGGUUCUUCGCUCAAGUUACAAGGAAAAAAGAUGAUACCACAUAUGGGGCAACUACAUGGCAAAUUAAGUUCAAUCUUGACAAUGUGGAACAGGUUGGAACCUAUAAACUGAGAAUAGCCCUAGCAACUGCCAAUGUUGCAGAACUGCAGGUCCGGGUGAACGAUCCACAAGCAGAUCCUCCUACAUUUACAACGGGACAAAUUGGGCAUGACAACACAAUUGCUAGGCAUGGAAUCCAUGGACUCUACUGGCUUUAUAACAUUGAUGUGCCAGGGGCUCAGCUUGUGACCGGGGAUAAUACCAUCUUUUUGACACAAGCAAUAAGCACCGGCCCUUUUGAGGGGAUUAUGUAUGACUAUAUUCGCUUAGAAGGGCUCCCAUCUGCUAAUUCUAAAAAGUAAAUUUAAUUGUUUUUUAUUUUAAAGAAAUUGAAAUCUGAAGAACUUAUUAUCUUUAUAUGUGUAUUGACAUAGAAUAAAUUUCUAUGAGCAGCAAUAAAUGUGAAAAUUAACCACGUAUGCUACCUCCCACACUGGUUUCAUG